CUCAGAUGGUCCUGUGUGAUGUUAUUGAUGCUCCAGACCAAGCUACAGGUAGAGCUUUUGACCGCUUUCUUAAAUACCGGUCCAAGGGUGAUUCUUUCCUCAGACUCUUAUCUUUUGGACCACAGUCUUGUCAUUAUAGAGCUUCUUUUUGGCACUCUCUCUGUGCCAGUCACUUCAUUGUUACUGUGCUCAACAUGCAUAUAA